AGUACAGACUACAGAGAGACCCAGUGAGAGAGAAUCGUAGAGAGAGAAAGAGAGGUAAAACCACUUCCCCUGUUUCCUCUCGUAUACUACUACGGAGUAGUAUGUAAAACUAAAACAGAAAAACGUACGUACGUUUGAAAAGCUUUCUCAAAUCCGCAUCUCAGUCAUUUUUCUACUCCUUCGGAUUUGGUUGUCAAUCAAAAUUUUCUUGGCACUGAAAUCAAUGGUGAUGGAAGAUAACGAGAGCUGUGGUAGCCGAGUGGUGGAAUCGUCGCCUGGAAGUUAUCGGCAAGAGAGAAGGAAGCUAGAGGUGUACAAUGAGGUCCUACGUAGGCUCAAAGAAUCAAAUAACCAAGAGGCCCAAGAACCUGGCUUCGACGACGAACUUUGGGCUCACUUCACUCGCCUUCCUACUCGGUAUGCACUUGAUGUGAAUGCGGAGAGGGCAGAAGAUGUUCUCAUUCACAAGCGUUUACUACUACUAGCUCAUGAACCUUCCAACAGACCUGCAUUCGAAAUUCGGCUAGUGCAGGUUCCUCCCGUCUCUGAUGGAAAUAUAGCCGACUCUGCUUGUUCAAGCUCUCCAAGGAACGAAGGGGCCCAAAGCAUCCACCCACCACCUGCCUUUGGUUCAUCUCCUAAUCUUGAAGGCCUUGCACUUGAAGCAAACAAAUCUCAAAAUGGCGAUAGUACUGUUUCUCAUGUUAAUUGCUCCAGGCCUAUGCAUGAAAUUACUUUUUCCACAGAUGACAAGCCAAAGCUCCUCAGUCAGUUGACUGCCUUACUAGCUGAGGUUGGGCUUAACAUACAGGAGGCACAUGCUUUCUCUACAGUAGACGGGUACUCCUUGGAUGUCUUUGUCGUUGAUGGUUGGCCAUACGAGGACACCGAGCAGCUUCAAGCUACAUUGGAAAAGGAAUUGUUGAAGAUUGAGAAGCAAUCUUGGCCCAACCAUCUGUCAUCCCCUAUGGUCGAGCCAGAGCAGAUGAGGAUCAAACACAGAUCUGAUCAUUUGACAAUACCUAACGAUGGGACUGAUGUUUGGGAAAUUGAUCCUCAACUUAUAAAAUUUGAGACUAAAGUGGCAUCAGGGUCAUAUGGUGAUCUCUACAAAGGUACAUACUGUAGUCAGGAAGUGGCAAUCAAAGUCCUCAAGCCCGAGCGUAUAGAUUCUGACUUGCAGAAGGAGUUUGCUCAAGAAGUAUUUAUCAUGAGGAAAGUUCGACACAAGAAUGUUGUGCAAUUCAUAGGGGCAUGCACCAAACCUCCAACCUUCUGCAUUGUUACAGAGUUCAUGUCUGGUGGAAGCGUGUACGAUUAUCUCCACAAACAAAAGGGUACUUUUAAACUACCAUCUUUACUUCGAGUAGCACUUGAUAUAUCAAAGGGCAUGAACUACCUACACCAAAAUAAUAUAAUUCAUAGAGACUUGAAGGCUGCCAAUCUUCUGAUGGAUGAAAAUGAGGUAGUUAAGGUGGCUGAUUUUGGAGUUGCGAGAGUAAAAUCUCAAACUGGAGUAAUGACAGCAGAAACCGGGACCUAUCGAUGGAUGGCUCCUGAGGUGAUAGAACACAAGCCCUAUGAUCACAAAGCUGAUGUUUUUAGCUUCGGAAUUGUAUUGUGGGAGUUGCUAACCGGGAAGCUACCGCAUGAGUAUUUAACCCCAUUACAAGCUGCCGUCGGAGUAGUUCAAAAGGGUCUAAGGCCUACCAUCCCAAACAACACUCAUCGAAAACUUGCUGAGCUGCUUGAGAGAUGCUGGCAACAAGAACCAAACCUAAGACCCGACUUCUGUGAAGUAAUAGAUAUCCUGCAGCAAAUAGCGAAGGAGGUUGGAGAUGAAGGAGAGGAUCAACCUAAAGAGAAAUCAGCUGGUGGAUUCUUUUCAGUCCUUCGACGGGGUCAUCUCUGAUUUGAAGGAAUUCAAUGUUUGUUAUAAUUACUUAAGAGCUAAUCCUGGGCCAUUCCCUGUCUACUUUUCAUCUGUGUUGUACAGUGUUUGUUCUCUUCAUCAAUAUUCUAAUGGUUCUCGCGCGCGCGCGCGUGUGUAUAUAUAUAUAUUGUUUUGUUUGUGACAUUUAUAUGUUUACCACCGUUCCCAGUCUUCGGAACUUCUGCUGGGUUUAAUA